GAAGAACAAUAACAAUUUAAUAAUUAACAACAAAUAACGAAUAUCUACGGUUCCUUCCAAAACAAAAAAACCCCAGACUCGAUCGUGUUUAUCCAGCGAAGGGAUUUAAACCAAAUAGAUACCAGGAGGAGAGCCAAGGCGCUGCUGGCCGCAGAGAUGGCCGCCGAAAACUAUCACCUCAAGUGGGACUCGCACCUCUCCUAUCUGAACUCUUCCAUAGCCACGCUUUACAAAAACGAGAAGUUUGCCGAUGUGGUCCUGUACAGCUCGUACAACAGCAGCGGAAUCCCUUCCGAUAUACCCACGGUGGGCAUCUCGGCCCACAAGUUCAUCCUCAGUGCUUCGUCCCAGUUCUUUGCCACCAUGUUCGAAACGGCACCGAUAACGAACCCCAACGGAGUGCUCUAUGUGGUCCUGCCGCCGGAUCUCAGCCAUCGGGCCAUCCAGAUCCUGGUGCAGUACAUGUACAGCGGCGAGGCCACCGUCUCCAACGACAUCCUCAACGAGGUGCUGCGCGGCGGCGAGAUCCUCAAGAUCCGCGGUCUGUGCCGCACCAGCACUUCCAAUGGCGGUGGCUCCGGCUCCGGCUCCGUUGUGACCACAUCGCACCACCCGCAUCCGCUGGCCGGACAUCUGCAUUCACGGGAGGCGAGCGCCAUGUACAUGUCGAAUGGCACACGAUCCGCCUUGCCACCUCCACCGCCGCCCCCGUCAUCAACCAUGUCGGCCCAACUUCAAGGCGAUAUCUACGCCAGCAAGCCAGGAGGAUCCACACGAUUUGGCCUGGAACACCACCACCCCCACCUGUCGUCCCACCUGGGCCACCCUCCUCAGCAGCAGCAAUUCCGUGGUCUUGGUGUCUCGGUGAUGCCCAAGGACUCGCCUGUGAUCAUAAAAUCACCCAAAAUGGCCGCCCACACAGGACUCCUCACGGUGGCCAGCAGCAGUAAACUGGGCAUAUCGGUCAACAAGGAAGUGGCUAUCGAUCCGGAAGACAAAUGCUGCUUUGCGGCUCCCGGGCAGGUUGAAUCCCAGUCACAUCCACCGCCACCAACCUCAACGACAACCACUGGCGGGGGCGUAGGUGGAGGAGUUGGCGGAUCAGGUGCCCCGCCAUCCCAGCCCAUUUCCAUUUGCACAGAGGUGGGCUGCAGUAGUUGUCCCAUGACCGCCGGACCAAGUGCUGAUCAGGCCGAGACCACGCUUCGGAGGACGGAUUACGAAGAGCAGGCACUUCGCGAGCGAAAUGAGGUGGGACUGGUCUUUGAGCGACGCCUAAGGAGGGAGAGUGCCUGCGAAAGAUCUCAUGACUACUACGAACCUCCUCACUUUGAGCACGUGGUCCCAUCCCGCCUUGCUGCCACACCACCGCCAUCACAGCAACCAUCACAUCCGUCGACACUGCGACAUCCGCACAACUUCCUCACCAUCAAGCAAGAGCCGACCGACUGGAGCAACAACCCACCAAAUGCCUCCACUGCGUCCAACAACAACAACCUGGAGGAGGGGCCACUGGGUUCGCCAAAACAGCCACUGGACUUUAAGAUGACUGCCGUCAAGUUGGAGGUCAAUAGGGACCGAGGAACACCCUCCGAGGAGAAUGAGGAGCACACACUGCGUGACUACAACAAUUUCAAACAGCUGCUUGUGUGCGAGAUCUGCCAAAAGUCCUUCGAGGACACCAAGAUGCUGGUCCGCCACCUGGGCACACAUGCCGGUGAUCCGGGAGGCGGUACGGAUAGGAACCUCCUGCCAUCCAGCGCCAGUGGGAGUACUGCCACCGCCUCCAGCAAUCUCGCCCUGCGAACAGUCAAAACCUAUGUGCCAAAGAAACGUCGCCGAGUUUCGCAACAGGAAAACAACAUGGAUCACGAUCACGUCACCCUGCUCUGCGAUUUGUGCUCCACAUCCUUCGAUACGCCUGCGGAGUGGGUGCGCCAUAUGAACAGCCAGCACACGGAGAUCGAGUUGGCCAUGUUCAACAGCAAAAAGGAUGGCGAGCAGAAGGGCCAGCAGCAACAGCCGACGACCAGCAGCUCUUCCACAGUGUCCAUCAGCCAAAUGCAGCCAAAGUAUCCCAGUUCCACCGCCACUCGAUCGUCGCAGUCCCUCAUGCUGCUCAAGAUGAGCAACGUCGAUGCAGUGGCAGCUGCAGCAACAUCCUCCUCAUCUCCCGGGCCAUCCACCACACCGAAUGCCUAAGUACACCCAUGGAUCCUUGGAGCAGAAACGCCAACAUCAAAACACCAUUGCUUCAUACUAAAUGUUUGACCUAUGAAGGAGGUUGAAGAUUUUGCGUCUUUAUGAGAUCAAUCAGCAACAUCAAGACACCAUACAAUUCAAGUCGUUCCAGAAAUCAAAAAGAGGGAUGUUUAUAAUGCAACAGCAAGAACCGUGAUCAAAAUGCAACCAGUUUGCAUAUUUUAUAGAGCAACAAACAAAAUACAAAAUCACAAAAAAAAAUUAACGAAACUGUAAACGAAACUUAGAAUCGGAAUCGUCAGGCAACGAUGCAAAAAAUUUGGAAACGAAAGCAAAAUCAACAUUUAACUCAAGUGUGUAGAAUUUUUUUAAGUGUACGUAUUUACUUAGUUUUAGCUACUUACUCCCCAUGUAAUUAAAUAUAGCAACAACGCGCAAUUGAUACGAAAAAGAUAACUAUACAACUUAAUCAUUUUAAAUGUACGAUUAAUUUGAAAUUCUUUUUUAUUAGCGGACAUUGACACAAGGAAUUCUUUAAAAAAUUCUUUCUUUUUUAUGCAAAUCAUAAAGAUUUAGACCGAAAAAAUUCCAGUCGUAGGACCAAAAACAGCGAAGACAUUAAAUUACUUUUGAUAAAGAGUUAAUAAUCAUUCUUUAUUACUUUCCAUUUUAUUUAAACUUUUUAUUUUUCGAAUGUAAUAACUGAUAAGUACUAUUUUGUAUGACGCUCUCGCGGCUUUAUGAUGUCACCAACUCUGUUGUAUAUGAACUUUUUUUAUAUUUUUUAUAAGGCUUCAAUAGACAUUUCGAGAACUUUUUUGUACAUAGAUUAAGUUUUAUUUAGAAAGUCCGCCGAUCGAAACUUUUUGCGAAAAGUUAAAGAACUUAAAUCUCUAAAUGUAUGUGUAGUAGUUGGAAGUUUAAUUAAAAAACUUCCCCCAACCAUGUAUAAAUAUAAUAUAUAUAUAUUUACAAGCAGGCGUGAUUAUUAACAAACUAAGUAGAUGUAAAAACAAUGCAGGAGGAGACUGUUUCCUCCCCAAACAAAUGGCAAAUGUAGCAAAGCGUUUUAAAUCGAAAUAAACGUCUACGAUGAGAAAUCA